AGAGAGCAGACGACCUGAAGAUGUCGCUCUUGCGCAGGCGCACUCCAUGUUGGCAUAGCAACUUCAAAUUGAGCCUCACACAGAGCGUUAAGAAUGGUAGACUUUAUGAAUCGAUAUUUAACUAUAUGUGCUGAAGAUCAGCAGCCCCCAAAUAUGUGUGUUUUGAAGGUUUUGGAAGACAGCAGCGAUGGCUCACUCAAACUAACAGGUAAUGAUCAACUGAAGAAUGGAGACAGACUGACGGAUGAAGAUGUGCUGGUCUUGUCAAAAACACUCGUGGGAGAUUCAGCUAUAAAAGGUUUAGAUCUUAGAUACAACUGUAUUACAGACAAAGGAGCUGUUUAUGUUGCCCACCUCAUUCAGGAGAGUAAGUCCCUUCAAUCUCUUGAUCUGAUGUGUAAUAACAUCGAGGCUGAUGGUGCAGAAGUGAUAGCCAAAAGUUUGCAUAAAAAUAAAAGUUUGAAGACACUCAGAAUGACUGGAAAUAAGAUUGGAAAUAAAGGUGGCAUGCAACUGGCUGCUAUGUUGCAGAUUAAUGCUACUUUAGAAGAAGUAGAUGUCUCAGACUGUGAUCUGGCUACACAAAGUGUAAUCGCAUUUGCCAUAGUCCUGAAGAACAACAGGGUAAUCCGUGCCAUUAAUGUUAGUCGACCUCUUAUUUUCAGUCUUCAGGAGGAAACAACAGUCCAUAUGGCAGAGAUGCUGAUGGUGAAUAAGACACUGAGGGAACUGCACAUGGGAAAGCAUGACAUGACUGAUACUGGUGUAGAGAUGCUGUGUGAAGCUCUGAAGUUAAACACCUCUCUAUGCUACUUGGAUCUUCGUUGUAACAGAAUUACACGGGAUGGAGCUAAAUGCUUAUCAGACGUUUUGAAACAAAGUUGCUCUUUGGAGAUUCUGGAUCUCUCUUCCAAUCGCAUUGAGGAUGAUGGUGCGGUGUAUCUAAGUGAAGCUAUCAAGCUGCCACACAGCAAACUCAAAGCAUUGUCUGUUACCAGCAACAACAUUGGAAAAAAAGGUCUUGUGUCCCUCAACAAGGCAAUGAGUGUGAAUUCCUGUCUCACACACAUUUACAUAUGGGGGAACAAACUUGAGGAGCCAGUUUGCAUGGCUUUCUCGCGGCUGAUAAGCAGCGGGCGACUGUUGGAGGAACACACAGAUGUUUCUCCCUAUGAGGUGGAUGGCCAUGUUUUCUUGGCAGAAGUGUCUCAUGGUUUAUGCAGACAUUACUAUUGGAGAUCCAGAUAUGGGGAUGGAGACUCGAGUAAUUCAGCACGGGCCCUGAUGGUAUCAGAUUCAUUGGCUCUACAGAUCUCACAUUCAUGAAACAAUUCAAGAUUUUUGGGUUUGUCUGAAAGUAUGCAUUGCUGCUCCAGAGUAAGACACAUUUGGAUUGAACUUAAAGGGAUAGUUCACCUAAAAAUUAAAAUUUUGUCAUCAUUUACUCACACUCAUGUCAUUACAAACCUUUAUGAGUUUUUCAACUUUCAACACAAAAGAAGAUAUUUUAAAGAAUGUCGGUAAGCAGAAGCCAUUGGCUUCCAUAUAUUUUUAUUUCUUUCUAUGAAAUCAGUGGGUCUUGUCAAAUGUUUGAUUACCAUCAUUCUUUCAAAUAUCUUCUUUUGUGUUCAACAAGAGAAACAAACAAAUACAGGUCGACAAAAUUUUCAUUUUGGGAGAAUUAUCCCUUUAUUUUGUAUUUGUUUUGUUGUUUUUGCCAGUUGUUAGUUGACAGGCAAAAUGAUCAACAACACUGUUGGUUACAUUUGGAUUUAUUACAUUUAAUCACAUGGUUAGUGUUUUAGAUAACAACCUACAUCUUUUGUGUCCAGUGUUUGGAAAUGUCACAGGCUCCCAUGAUGUUUGCGAAAACACGUCAUUUAUGUAAAUGGUUUGCUCUGACACUUAGUCUUCGCUGUAUUGGGUGUCACAUGCAAAUUUUUCCACAGUUUUGUCAGGACAGAAAAAAGCCAGAGAGAUGUUGUUGAUUUAGCAAGUUCAGUCUAAACCAAUCUUUUUUUAUGUAAAUGAGAAA